AUGGUGAAGGCAAAAAAAGAAGCCAACGAGGUGAGGAAGAUGACAAGGAACCAAGAUGUCGCGGCCGGGGAGAGGAGGUUGGCGGCCGAGGAGAGGAGGGUGGCGACCGAGGAGAGGAAGGUGGCAUUGGAGGAGAGGAAGGUGGGCAUGGAGGAGCGAUCUAGAUUGUUGGAUUGGGAGAAGUCCUUGUUCUUCAUGGACACAUCUAUCCUCAAUGAGGCGCAAAAGGAGUAUGUCAAUCUUGCCCGUGAAGAAGUCUUGAUCCAAAAAAGAGCCAUGAUCUGCGACAUGGGUGGCGGUGGCCUUGGCGGCAUGGGUGGCGGCGGCCUUGGCGGCAUGGGAGGCAUCAGUGGCUUCGGAGCUACCAUGGACGGCAUGGGUGCCAUGGGUGGCUUUGGAGCUACCAUGGAGACCAUGGGAGGCAUGGGUGGCUUCGGAGAACCUCCGGGUGUUGGGGAACGAUCAGUUUAA